UCGGACAAAGCCCGAGAGCCCGCGCCCAGAGCCAUGUCCUCGUCCGCCGGCAGUGGCCACCAGCCCAGCCAGAGCCGCGCCAUCCCCACCCGCACCGUGCCCAUCAGCGACGCCGCGCAGCUACCUCAUGACUAUUGCACCACGCCCGGGGGGACGCUGUUCUCCACCACGCCGGGAGGAACACGAAUCAUUUAUGAUCGAAAGUUUCUGUUGGAUCGUCGCAAUUCUCCCAUGGCUCAGACCCCGCCCUGCCAUCUGCCCAAUAUUCCUGGAGUCACUAGCCCUAGCACCUUAAUCGAAGACUCCAAAGUAGAAGUAAACAAUUUGAAUAACUUGAACAAUCAUGACAGGAAGCACACAGUUGGGGACGACGCUCAGUUUGAGAUGGACAUCUGACCAUCCUGCAAGGAACAGAGGAAAAGCAGCAAUACUGAUGCCUGUGUGUCCCCGAUUUGGUCAAUAGGAUCAACGAUGAAAAGACCGAUGAGGCAGUACCAGCAGUCCCCAUUGCAGUCCCGUCCUCCUCCUCUUCCGGGUGCCAAAUAAUGCGAAGAUGAGCUUCAUCUGACCGUUUCCUCCCUGUUUCCUGUUCCUCUUCCCAGACAGACAGAUUGGAUUGAAGGCCCUUAGCAUAUUUCUGUAGAAGUAAGCAGCCUCAGAGGAAAACAGUAAAUUCUGGCCUCCCUGGUCAUUUUUCUAUGAAGACCGAAAAAAAAAAAAGUCCCCAAAUCAACUAUCAACCUACCAAUUCUUCCCUGGCUGGGAAGUCUGGGGAAGAGUCCAGAGGUUUGAGGGGUUCAGCAUUACUCAUAUUCCUUAGCCUCUGCCUCACUUGCCUGUAACCUGUGGUCCAGUGCUGCAAGAGUCUGGGUUCGGGGUCUUUAAAACCAUUAGGGGAAAAUAAUGAACAAAAGGAGAGCUGCUUUCCCUUUGACCUUGGGGUGUUUGUCCUUAGGGACAGAGCACAGUUUGUGCAACUCUGGUAGCGUUACCCUCUGACACUGUUCUGAGGUUGCUUCCCCUCCUUGCCCAGGGAGGAGUGUCUUCUGUCUUUGCUAUUCACCUUCCCAUUCCUUAGUGCAUUUGUGCAAAAUUUUUAAACUCUCUAUGUCAGAGGGAAGCCCUCGGUAACCAGCUGUUCUUUCCUCUUCCUCUCCUGUUCCUCGCUGCUUGCAUCUUGCUGCUUGCCAGGUCCUCUUGUGCUCCCUCUCAGAUGCCCAGAGCAGGUCGAUCCCAAGUAAUAAAGGCACUUUGGCCUCCAUUUGGUGGAUAAGGCCUGACCAUAGUGUCGUCCCAUGUAGUACUUAAGAAUGGCCUCUGAAGAGUGCUGAAACAUUUGAGUUCCCAGUCUUGCCCAGUAAGCAUCAUAUUUGUUGUCUCAGAUUUCAGUUUCUUAUGUUUUGAAUUUAGAGUUGACUUUCACAGUGUUCUUAGAGAACUGAUUUUUUUUUUUCCUUUGUGAGCCUGCUUUGUUUGGCUGCUGGGAUAGAUAAGCGUGGACUUACAAAUGUGUUUUUCCCAGUUUUCUUUCCUUCCCUGUUAACUCUGAAUGUUCCUUUUUCUUCUCACCCUCCUUCCCUCUCUCCUUCCUUUUUCUCUGGCAGGCCAUUUUUCCAAUUUAUAUCAAAGAUACCUCAAGUGUUGGUAUCUAAUAAUACCUGUCACUCUUCUCUGAGGAGCGACCUUUUAUUUUUAAGACUACAGACCUAUUUUUAGAUAUGUUUUCAGUACAGUUUUGAACAGCAACUUUUUAAUUAAACAUCUUCCAAUGUCAGGGAGGUGAGAACUGUCUGUGGAAGACGGCUGUUCUGUGUCACCAUCCUCUCUCCCAGUCCCUAGGAGCUCUUUCCUUCUCCUUUAGUGCUGGGUGUGCGUGUUUGGAGUUUGUAGUGGGCGGUUUGUAAAACUGGACCAUUCUGCCUCGCUGUGGGUUGUUCAUGAAAGCUUCAUUCUUUUACCACUUUGCUCUCUCGUUCCCCUUCAUACCCACCCCACUUUCCUGUGACUAUUGACUGGCACAAUAAUUGCAGGAGAGUGACUCCACUCGAAGACAGACGAAUGCACCCAUUCCCUACUAGAAAGAAAAUGAAGUGGCCACUGGGGUCCUGGGAAUCUCUGAUUGGAUUUGGUGCCCUGAACUCUUUAAAGAGAUCACAUCCCAGGGUGAGAGUAACAGGCCAAUUGGCUAAGAAAGAAAGCCGUGUGUUUUUCUUUUGAACUAUGAAAAGACCCUGUUUGUGAACACAUUUUAGACAGAAGGGAGGAACGAUGUCUAAGCAACUUUGUUCUGUUAUCUGCUACAAAAUGUGAAUAGUUCAAAAAUUGAAAACUUUUGUGAUGGUUGAUGUCUCUCAGGAAUAAGCUGGUUCUCCAGUGUUUUAGAGAUGCUUUGAGUCUCAAAAUUUGAUGAUCAGAAAAGUAUUUUUGUUUGUGUGCUUAAUGUACCCCGUUCUGAUUUCAAUUAAACUCCAAAUUUUGCUUUACAUACUCUUGGGAACACCUAAGUUGCACUGUAAUUUGCAUUCGAAGCUUGCCUAGGACCUCUUUGGGAGCUGUCUGGAGAACAUGAUUCUUUGGAAAUGAAACUUCAUCCUUCAUACACUGGCUUCGGCAUCCUGUGGAAUCCGACUACAACUAGCAGCUAGUCAGUCUGUCAGUGAGCAGAAGUGUGUGCCCUUCUUGAUCUUUAUUGCUACAGAUGAACACUUGGCUUUCUCACUUAACAAUGGGAAAUGGAUAUAAAACAUGAGAGAUUGAGUAGUAUCUCGGGGAAUCUGCACUCAGCCUCCUAAGCAGAGGACAUGUUUUAGUAUUUCUUGGGGGUGUUGGCUGCGGAGUCCCAUACCCUUCUCUGCAAGGACCUUCUUACUGCUCAUUGCAAUUCUUUUCUGGAGGCCACCACUUGUAGCGAUACUUGGACCGCCAUAACUCAGCAUUUAAAAAAUAAUUCCAUAAGGCAAGAGACAAACUUCCAACUUCGUUUCAUGCCUCAUGGAAUCAUUUUCAGGGCAAACCAGAGUCCAGUAGGUGGUUUUCUUCUGGAUGUUUGGCAGGACUCUCACAGGUGAAACCCUAAAUGAAUAGUCCAUCCUGGCUUUUUCUUAGGGUUUCUUAAAAUCUUAUUGGCCAUUUGUACUUUUCUUUUUAUGAGGAAACCAUGUUUCUAGGCUUCUGGGGGAAAUCUGUCUUAAUAAGAAAUGACCUUCUCCCAGUGACCUCCUCCAAAUGCCAGCAGGAGACCUGUGUGGUCGUAGUUGUACCUUCUUUAGUGUGGUUCAUCAAGUUCCACUUCCUCCUAUUCUGCCUCAAUAUGCGAAGUGUUCUCAAGAGCACAAGUGUAGAGAAGCUGCCUUCUAGGUAUUGGCUUCCUAGCCAACAGCUUCGUCUGUCUACCUGUGUUCUACUAUGUAACACGUUGUCCCAACACUUAGUAUAUUACAGCAGCAGACAUCAUGGGACAGUUUCUGUGGAUGGCGAACUGGAGGGCAGCUGAGCGUGAUGGUUCUAGCACAGGGAGGACUCAGGAAGUUGCAGCCAGGAUGUCGGCAGGUGCUGCAGUCAGCUGGGGCUGGAGGAUUCACUUCCAAGCCCUCUCUCUGUGACUGUCAGCAGGAUGCCCCUGGCCCCCAUGGGGGUCUUUCGCUAGGGCAGCAUAGGUGUCCUCAUGGCAUGGCACCUGGCUCCCUCCAGAGCGAGUGAUGCCAGAGAGAGGGCAAGGAGGAAGCUGCAGUGCCUUCAAUGACAUAACCUCCAAAAUCAUGUACUGCCACUUUCUCCUUGCAUUCCUUAGAAGCAGGCCACUAAGCCCAGCCUACACUCAAAACCAAAAACCAGACCCGUUGCCAUCAAUUCUGACUCACGGCAACCCUAUAGAGAGAGUAAAACUGCCCCAUAGGGUUUCCAGGGAGCAACUGGGGGAUUCAAACUGCUGCCUUUUUGGUUAACAGCUAAGCUUUUAACCACUGUGCCACCAGGGCAACCUAUACUCAAGAGGAGGGAAAUUAUACCCUAAUUUUUUUCUUAGAUGGAACAGUAUCAAAGAAUUUGGUAUCAAAGAUGGUAUGUUGAGAGAGAUGUUAUCACUGAAAACAAUUCUUGCUUCACCAAACGGAUAGCAGGCAGGCUUUCUCUUUCCCCAAACCCACCUGUUGACUUGGAGAGGGAUAGCAAGAAAUAGAAGUUCCCAGGAGAAGUAUAAUAUCAAUACCCCUGCCUGAUCAUCAGCAGCCCAGGGAAGCUUAUUUGCAAGUCCUAGGCUUAGUGUCUCUAAGACUCAUUACCACGUUAUCUGUUCUCUCCCUUGGCUAGACAUUCACAAAGAAAGGGAAUUGGAUUCUUCCAGCUGAGCCACUAAAGCUGACUUAAUUGGAAUCAAGAUUGUCAAGCAAAGGGAGCAGAUGUGAAUUAGACGUUAGGUUAUUCAGGUAAAGAAAACAGAUCGUAUUCGUGAUUAAACCGAUGAUGGUAAGAGGAAGCCAGGUCCCACCAGAAUCUGUGCUUGGUACCUGGUCUCUCCAGCCACACCAGCUUAAAUAGACUUGGGUUGGGAAUCUUACCCAAGAAGCAACUUUUCAAUAAAGUAGGGACCAUCUGGCAUUAUAAAUGUCUGCAUGUGCUUGACUGCUCUUUUAAAUCCUGUGUGCAGGUGAACUGUUGCCCACCUGGUCCUGGGCUUCCUGAUGGAAAUGUGUGAUUAAAGAGAGCCCGUCUGGUCUUCACCUUCAAAAGAGAAACUUAAAUGAGGCUUCUCAGUUCAGUAAAUUCUCACCGACUGUCUGCUGUGUGUUUCUGACACCCAUUCCCAACCAUGUUUUAGACAUCUUAAAGGUGCGAGUCUUAAUUUGCAUGUAGGCUGUGUGUCUCCCCAGCGUUUUCCUGUCUGCGGCCCCGCGUACUUUAGAGCCUACUUGCAUAAGCGGCACUGCUGCUGAGGCAGCUUAUGUAAAGAGGUACUUCUUCUAGAGGUAAAAAACUCGUCUUUAAAGUACCUUCAAAUUAAUUUUGUUUUCCCUUCUUUUGAGGUGGAGUCAAAGUAAAACCAAAUCGGUUGCCGUCGAGUCAGUUCGGACACACGCGACCCCAUUGUUGUUGGAGUAGAUCUGUGCUCCGUAGAAUUUUCAGAGCAUGAUUUCUCAGGAGUAGAUAGAUCUCCAGACCUUUCUCCUGAGGUGCCUCUGGGUGAACUCAAACCUCCAACCUUUUGGUUAGCAGCUGAGCGCGUUAACUCUUUGUACCGCCUUUUUUGCUUUUGGGGUUACUUGCUCUUUGGCACCCUCAGACCUUGUCUUCUCAGUUCAGACAGUGCUGAAGUCCCACAUUUCCAUUAGAAUGCAUCCUGCUUUAUAUGUGGGUUUCAACCCAGAGUCCAUUAUUCAGCCAGUGUAUAUGCAGUGCCUGCUUUGAAUCAACGCAGCUGGGGUAUGGGGGUCAGCAUGUUGGCAGCAGUAUCCCAGACACUGAAUCUUUUUCCUUUCUCCCCGUUUGGGAUACUUGCUGCUUGAAGCCAGGCCCCUUACUCCUUCUCAUUGCUCUUU